AUGGAUGCAUAUAACUGUUCAGAAGGUGUUAAUCAUUCCGCGAUCGCCAACUGUAGUCGGCCAACGGACCACGACUUUUCUAUGUGGGCAGUUAUAGGAAUCUACUCAACCAUAUUUAUUCUUGCUGUGGUGGGAAACGGGCUGGUGAUUUUAACUCUUGUCCAAAACACAAGGAUGCGGACAGUUACGAAUGUGUUUCUACUGAACUUGGCCAUAAGUGAUCUUCUUCUUGCAGUAUUCUGCAUGCCCUUUACACUCAUUCCGAUUCAGAUAAAAAACUUUAUAUUUGGUCCAGUGAUGUGCGUGUCAAUACGUUAUGCGCAAGGUGUGUCGGUCGGGGCAAGCUGUUUCACACUAGUAGCUAUAUCAUUGGAGCGAUAUUUCGCCAUAUGCCGUCCCCUGCACUCCAGACAGUGGCAGACCCUCUCUCACGCCUACAAAAUCAUCGCUAUUUGCUGGGCGUUUGCCCUGGUCAUCGUUAUUCCUAUCGCCAUCUCCACCAAGUAUGUCCAGUUUGGUCCAAACAGACACGCAUGUCGCGAGAACUGGCAAGAUAAGCGUCUGGAGAGGGCGUACACAGUAUUCCUUGAUGUCAUUCUGUUGAUAAUUCCUCUGUGUCUAAUGACAGGUUCCUACUCGAAAAUAAUGGCGACCUUAUGCGCUGGAAUUCACAGAGACGACAAUGAAGGAUUAACAAUGCCCUCUUUGGUCUCCAUGAAGAACACUAAUUCGCAAAGAGGUAUAAUUAAAAACGGAAACAACUUCUCAACGCGGCUAGCAAACAAACCGGGGGAUAAGAACUAUUUUUCCAUUCAAAUGAAUGAAAUAAGUCCGUGCAGUAGCGAGGAAUCAACUCCGAGACGAAAGCUCGACCAAACAAGAAUUAUCCGUCAGAGUAAUCAAGAAAAAAGUCGCGAAGCUAAGCUCCGCGUUGUCAGAAUGUUGUUUGUCCUGGUAAUUGAAUUCUUUGUGUGUUGGACACCUCUUUAUACAGUGCAGACAUGGAAAAGCUUUCAUCAAGAAAGCGUUCGAGAAAAUUUGAACAACUUCAUGUGGUCUACGAUGUUUGUUUUUUCGUACUUGUCAUCCUGUUGUAAUCCCAUUACGUAUUGCUUUAUGAACACUAGAUUUCGUCAAGCGUUUCUCAAUGCACUACGACGAUGUCUGUGUUGCAAGACGCCUGAUUUCACCUCCUACAGAAUGAACACCAGUACGCGUCGUCUGACGUGGAUUGACGCCCACAAGGCAGAAGAGACGGAGUUGUCAUAUACUGAUAAGCCGAGAAAUGGAACUGUCACACUCAUCCAAUAAAAAACAGAACCAAUUUUGGUUUCAUUUAGUUGCA